AUGGUCGACAAGAGAGAACACCCCGAAGCGGAGACGGAGUCGUCGCUUGCUCACGAGGACAAAAAGACUCACGUCAAGCCAGGCAGAAAGUACGCCAACACAGAGCCAAAAUCCAAGAGAACUGCUCAGAACAGAGCCGCCCAGAGGGCCUACAGAGAAAGAAAGGAGAAGAAAAUGAAGGACCUUGAGGACAAGGUCGCCGAUUUGGAGGACAAGAACAUCAAGGCUGCCACGGAGCAGGACUUGUUGAAGGCCCAGAUUGACCUCUUGAAGAGGGAGCUCGCCCGCCACAGAGGACACCUGGAUUUUUCAGAUCUCCAGUUGCCCACCUCCGUGGGUAAGUUGACGAACCCUAAUCCUGACCGUAAGAAGGACAAACGAACUGUGGCCGACACGCCCAAUGCCGAGUUCCCUUGGUCUGCGGAGAACUUGCAGAAUGCUCCUUCUAACUACUCCAGCCAGCAAUUGCCAGACUUGGUUAGCGGCUCCUCGCUGUCUACGUCACCCAACGAGGGCAAUUUUGUCUCUCCCGACUCUCAAACGAGCGAGUCUCAGCACGGCCUGAUCAACAUGAACCUUAGUCCGCAGAAUCAGUUUAAUAUCUCGCCUCGCUACGAAGAACAGCUUGAUCCAUUCUGUGUGAAGCUUAACGAAGCUUGCGGUACGAAGCAGCGGCCGGUGCCAAAGUACCGUCGUGAAGGAAACGAUAUUCCUCCCGUCAGAGAGGAGGACGUGCCCCAGCCCGUGGCGCCAGAAACCGACUUCCAGUCGCUAUUCACGCCUGCCGAACACAUUAACGACCCAUUCUUCAACGACACAUCCAACUACAACUUCAAUUUCCCCGUUAACGAGGACCAGAACGACCUUCUAUCGUUCUACAACGACAACAACUUUGACGUGUCGCUAGCGUUUGGCAACCCAACCAACGAGCUCGAGAACAGACAAGAUAAGCCCAACAUCGAGGGUCUCGUGAGCGAGGAGUCUGCCUACGACCCACUCGGCAGCGUCAACACAGACUUUAACUUUAACGAGUUCGUCAAGAGCAGCUUACCGUCUGAUGCCAGUUCGAGAACGAACUCUGUCAGCGGCGCCAACAGAUCCACGCUGUCGGUGACGAGUUACAACAGCAGUCCCGCUAUCAAGGAGGAGAAACAGGAGGAGGAGGUUGUGCCUGCUCCUGACAAGACGAUCAAGUGUUCUGAGAUCUGGGACCGCAUCACCUCUCACCCUCGCUACACGGACUUGGACAUUGACGGAUUGUGUAACGAGUUGAAGAGCAAGGCCAAGUGCUCUGAGAAGGGCGUUGUGUUGGACCUGAAGGACGUGAACAAACUUAUCGAGAAGUCCGUGAGCAAGUUUGGCAUGAAGACUUGA